AUGCCACCAUUAAGAGCAACUCCUGAGACACCAGUCAGGCUCAGUAACUGUGGCAAGUCUUUAGUGUCCAUGGUUUAUAUCCUACUGCUUCUGGCUGGAAUCCUAGGGAACACUCUAGUUAUUAGAGUACUGCAGGGAAUACGUGGUCGACGUGGAGUCCAGACCUCUCUCAGUCAUCACAUGUGCAGCCUGGCAUCCUGUGAUAUUUUACAGCUGGUACUUGGUAUUCCAACUGAGUUGUAUGGAAGCAUUUGGAGCCCCUUCCCAUGGCCACUUGGGGCUGUUGGCUGUUCUGGCGUCUACUACCUGUGGGAAGUGCUCUGUUACUCUGCAAUUUUUAAUGUGUUGUCUUUAAGCUGCGAGAGACACCGUGCCACCUGUCAACCGCUAAGCCUCCGUCUGCGGCAGUCGUCAAGGGUGCGCCUUCGGCUAUGCUUACUAUGGCUGAUUUCUUUCUUGGCUGGGCUGCCCAUGCUGUUUUCAAUAGGCUUGGAAACUAUUAAUGUGAAAGAUAUUCAGGAGAAACCCUUUAACGUGCAAGUGUGUACUCCACUGCACCAAUGGAUGGGACUCUUCACUACCAGUGUCUGCAUGUCCUUCCUAACAUAUCUGGGAGUGUUGGUGGUGGUGGGUGUAACUUGCUGGAGAAUGAGGAGAGCUUUGCGGGCUAAUACAGGUCUGGAUAUCACAGGACCCAAUGGAUCCAUUCAGUUAUUUGACAGUUUCUCUGGUCGUCAUAUAGCAGUGCGCAGGCAAAAUGCCACGCUUCUUGGUUGGAUUGUGGGUGUGCUAGCUGUGUGCUGGCUACCAUUCCAGGCACGUAGGCUGAUGACUAUUCUGCGUUCUAAGGAGCAAUGGACAGAGAGUUACUACCGUUCCUAUAUCACACUGCAACCUAUCACCAACUGCUUCUACUAUCUCAGUGCUUGUCUCACUCCUCUGCUCUACAAUCUGACAUCCCGCAACUUCCGUAGAUGUUUCUUGCACAGCAUUUCACCUUGCACAAGGAGACUUCCACUAGAAUCUGGAUCAUGGGAAGCCCAGACUGGAUAUCAGGGGAUCCGACUGUCUGAAUUAGGUCAGGAAACAAGUGAUCUGUAA